AGGUUGCUAAUUAAAUUCUCGUUAUGUGUGGUUACUAAUUAAAUAAAUGAGUUCAAUCACAUUUAAUCAACAAACCAAGCUUGAAUACAGGAAUAUCCAGUUCUUUGGCCUUGAUUCUCAGCAAAAGGUUACAUCAUCCUAUGUUGUGGUCAUUGGUCUUGGAGGUGUUGGAAGUCAUGCUGCAUCUAUGCUUUUGAGAUCAGGAGUUGGCAAGCUCCUAUUGGUGGGCUUUGACCAGGUAUCUUACUCAUCAUUAAAUAGACACGCUAUUGCAACACGAGCAGAUGUUGGCAUCCCCAAAGCUGAGUGCCUCAAGAAGCAUUUCUCUUCAAAUUUCCCCAAGUGCCAAGUAGAUGCAGAGGUGUUGCUAUAUGAUGUGUCAUCUGAAGAAGAAAUUCUUUCUGGCAACCCUGAUUUUGUUUUGGACUGCAUUGAUAACAUUGACAUUAAGGUAUCAUCAUGA